AUGGGCGUAUGGGAUAUGCGUGGAAAGCAGUUUUACUCGGGUAUCGAGAUCAAAGUUUGGGCUAUCGCUUGUUUUGCACCUGUUCGCAUCGUCCGUGAUGAGGCACUUCGCCAGUUUACACUACAGCUGCAGAAGAUAUCUAACGACGCUGGCAUGCCGAUUGUUAGUCCACCUUGUUUCUGCAAAUACGCCACCGGACAAGACCAAGUGGAACCUAUGUUUCGUUAUUUGAGGAAUACUCACCCUGGCCUUCAGCUUAUUGUUGUUGUCCUUCCUGGAAAAACACCUGUAUAUGGUAAAUUACUUGACUUCAAAUUAUAA